AUGGCCCUGGAGAAACCCCUUCCGGCUGGGGCAGAGAGGCGGCCUGCGGUGGGCCUGGGCCCAGCCUCCUGGCUCCCCUCCAGCCCUCUCCGUCCGGGGGCCCCAGGGACCCCUAGUCCUGGGUGCAGCUCUGGGUCCGGCUCUCCGGCGGCGAGUUGCCCUCCCCCUCCCUCCCCACGUGGGCCCCCGCAGUGGUCGGCCCAGCCAGCCUUCCCAGAAGGGGCCCCUCCGCAGCCCCUCCGAAGUUCCUUGGCCGGGUCCUGGCGGAAGGCUUUCGGGAGGGGGUGGAGGCGGCCCCGAGAAGAACCUCCUGCCGCCCCCUUGGGACCCCACUCCUCCGGGGCCCCAAACCCCCCACCCGUCCGUCCAGGCCUGGAGGGCCCUGAGAGAACCAGCCUGGCUGGCGGGGAGGAGGAGGAAGGGGGCGGCUCCACCAGUAGCGAGAGGAAGGAAGGGGGCCAGGAACCCCCCUCGGAGGCCACCCCGUCUUCCGAGUCUGGGAAGAGGGUGUCCGUCUCCAGCCGCGGGGAGGCCUCCACAGCCCCCCCGGGAUACAGGGAGAAGCUGGAGUCUUGCAAGCACAAGUACGGCCACCUGAAGUCCUGGCCCGGCCUCCUGAGGCUGCUGGGGGCCCUCGAGCUCCUCCUGGGCGGGAUGGCCUUCGCCUGCACCGCGACCUCCGUCCAGAAGGACUACCAGUGGCCCCAACUGUACAGCAGCGGCUUCACCGGAGCCGGCUUUGGCUACUACGUCCCGAUGACCCCCUUCGUGCUGGUGGUGGCCAGCCUGGCCUGGCUGCUGACGGUCAUCCUGCUGGCCCUGGGGCUGACCACGCACUACCGGGCCAUCCUGCUCGGCUCCCACUGGUGGCCCCUGGCCGAGUUCGCCCUCAACCUCUCCAUGUUCCUGCUCUACCUGGCGGCCGGCAUCGCCUACGUGCACGACCUCAACCGGGGGGGCCUCUGCUACUCGGCCUUUGCCUACGGGCCCCUCCUCACGGCACUCUGCCGGGUGGAGGGGGGGCAAGUGGCCGCCCUGACCUUCCUCUUCCUGGCCCCCUUGCUCUACCUGGCCGGCUCCCUCGUCUGUCUCCAGAUGUGGCGGCACGAAGCAGCCCGGAGGAGGAGGAGGCUGCUCCCCCCG